AUGCUUCAAAUCUAUCCUUUCCUUUUGGUCACUCUUUUCGUGGCAACAAUCUUCGCGAGCCCUAUCCAAAUAAAACAGAAACGGUCCUUUAAAGUCCCUCGGAUACAGCAACACAACUACAGGCCAAAUGGCAAAGCUGCAUAUCGAAAGGCAAUGUUCAAAUUUGGAUUUGGCGACAUCGAAUUCUUGCCUGGUGGGGAGGUGGCCACGACCAUCAAGGCAACCACCGAGGCUCAGCUUGAUACCACGGGAAACGAGGACGGCGAGACAAGUGCUUCGCCCACGCAGAAUGAUGCCCAAUUCUUGUCUCCGGUGAACGUCGGUGGACAAACGCUGGUCCUGAACUUUGACAGCGGCUCAUCAGACACAUGGGUUUUCAACACCAACCUCCCUGCCAAUGCCCAACAAGGCCACACGAUCUACGAUCCCACCAAAUCAACCACCUUCCAGAAUACUCUGCAGGGUAGUACCUUCAACAUCUCGUAUGGCGAUGGCUCCUCUGCCUCCGGUCCUGUUGGUGUUGACGAAUUCGACAUCGGCGGCGCCACCGUAGCUGCCCAAGCAAUCGGCCUGCCGGACACCGUCGCCGACAGUUUUGUGACGGACUCUGCAGCAAAUGGUCUGGUUGGUCUCGCUUUCUCGCAACUCAACACCAUUCAACCCACUCCGCAAAAGACAUUUUUCGACAACGUCCUUCCGGAUCUCACGCUUCCGGUGUUUACUGCUCAGUUAAAAUCUGGCGAAGUAGGUUCGUACGAGUUUGGCAACAUCGACACCUCGUCGUUCAGCGGCCAGUUGACCAGUGCGCCAGUCGACUCGUCGCGCGGCUUCUGGGAAGUCGACUCCGCGACCGCCGCGGUGCAAGGCCAAACUAUCAAUAUUGCUGGCGGCACAGCGAUCCUCGACACAGGCACGUCGCUGAUGCUCGUGCCUGAUGAAAUGAUCACCGCGUACUGGGGCACCGUGGAUGGCGCCCAGAUCUCACAAGCCGCGGGUGGUGUUAUUUUCCCGUGCAACACGCAAUUGCCGGACUUGCAGGUGGCUAUUGGAAAUAACAUGGCCACGGUAUCAGGCGACGGGAUGAACUUUGCGAAUGUGGGCACGGACACACGGACAGGGGAGCAGUUCUGCUUCGGUGGUCUCCAAUCCAACCAGGGCCUCCCCUUUGCCAUCUACGGCGACGUCUUUUUCAAGUCUCAAUUCGUCGUCUUCGACGCCUCGGGCCCCUCGGUCAGUUUUGCACCGCAUUCAUAG